UAAUUGAAUAGAGAUGGUCAUAAGCAGAAUGUGUUUUUCCUUAUUUUUUGAGAGGAUUUGCUAAAUGAGGGAAAACACAGUUUGAUUCCCUCCCUGACAAGCUCCAAGUUAUGUCGGCUGUAUUCCACUGCUUCAGAUAGUUAAUGAUUUCUUGGAAUUAACUGUGCACUCCUAUUCUCAAAUGAGGAAAAGUCCGUAGGUUUUCCACCUUCAUCUUCUGUUUCAGUUACUUGUGAUUGUGAUCAACUCUGCAUAUUACUUUCGAGAAUUUUAUUCCAAGCAGAGCAGCUGUCCUCUGUGUCUAACAGGUUGAAGAUCCAGUGGAGAAACUGAUGGUGGUAAUUGGUGGCUCUUUUCUAUGGACCUGCAAUGGAUACUGACACUGUGGCAUAGAAUAGAGGUUAUUAUUUUUUUGGAUGACCUAAAAGCCAGAUGACAUGGCUCCAAAGAGUGGGGCACAUCCCAGGCAAGAGAGCAGGCAUGGCUGGGUCAGAGCAUCACCAGUGCCAUCAGCAGAGAGGCUGGGGCACUAAGAUUUUGAGUAAAUUAGCAUCCUGGCUGGGAGGCGGCACAUGUUCUCCAGUGAGUCCUGAGCAUCCUGCACUGCCCGCAAGGGCCUGCAGGGGGACCACGAAGCCACUGUGUCACAGGCGAUGGGGCGCAUGCGCGACUGCACCCGCAGUGGAUGGACUGUCUUCCCUGAGGACGGAGGGGAGGCGCCAUGGCGGCUGCGGGCCCGCGCGUGGGGCUGGCUGGUCUGCGGGAGGAAGACGAUCCCCGCCCGCGCCCCGGCCGGUGAAAAGGGCUGUGCCCGCUCCUCGCGGCUUCGCGCCUUCCUUUCCCGCCGCCCCGCACGGUGUAUGCCCAACUUCUCAGUGGCCGAGAGAAAUGUUUCCGCCCCCUUGUCCUCAACCGCACGGAAUUAUCCACUUAUCCCUUUCUUCAAAGACCUUAACUAACAGACUAUACACGGAUGAUGCGCAGCAGAGACUUCACACUGGAGAAGAGCCCCCUGAAUGUAACAAAUAUGAGGAGAUUUCACAUAGAACCCAACUUUCGUGCCACAUGAGUGACCUCUCACAAGACAGAAACCCUAUGCUUGCAAUCAAUUUGGAAGAGCCUUCAGCCUUUAUUCAUCAUUGAAUUAACAUAGGUUAAUUUAUACUGGAGUGAUACCAUGCAGGUCUCAUCAACGUGGGAAGGCUUGUAGGCAAUACUGUAACAUUAGAUGACAUGAGAAAACUGACCCUGAAGUGAACCCCUAUAUAUGUUAUAAAUGUGGAAGAUAGUUGAGCUGGAGCCUCCCAUUUAAAUACGCCAGAAACUCACACAGGAGUGAACCCUUAAUGUGAUAAACGUGAGACACACUUCAGCAGAGCCUUAACUUUUAUUCACACUGAUGAACUCACAAGAACAGAAAGAUAUGUCAGGACCGAGAAGGUGGAA